AUGACGCCAGCGAAAGAUGUAACAACCCACCGCAAGUUGGUCACUUACGGGAAGUCGUCGCAGAAAGCCCAGCACUGGAAUGGAUUCCAAUCGUCGACAACUCCGACCCGAACGCAAGCACCAGACACCUGGCCAGAAGAACAUUUGGAAAACCCUGCUUCACUGCCCCAGAGUACAGCGACAGGAGUCAGGAAAACAACAAUUAAAGACAGGCAGGGUCAUCAACGCUAUGGCGCGCUUCAGACUCCUAAACUUGCGAAACCGUCCAGGCCGAACUCGCUACGCCGUCCAACACCCAGCUAUGGUGGGGAAGAAAAAGAUGUUUACGAUUUUGCGUUGUCCGGUGAUGAACUGGAACAUGAGGGGAAAGAGCCUUGGCGAAAACGUAGAAAGAUAGUAUCCCCUAAGGAUGAAUGGGUUUCGAACGGAUUUGAAGAGAUUAUUAUCCCGAGAGCAAAGCAUGCGACGAAGCGCCAUUCCCGCCACGAUCUCCCAAACCCCAGUGCAACCACACAGAGUACACCUACAAAAUCCCCAGGAACCGCUGGGACAACUACUAGCAAAAUCGAGGUUGUUAUUCUGACGCCAAAGAAGCUGAGGAAACACAAUGAACACUCCACCAAAGAAGGAGCGGUGGAUGAACCCAAUGUCAACCUGCCUCGUCGCUCUAAAGAUCCAACGACCGCAAAUUCACAGACAUACCAGAGUUCGCGCCAGAACCCUGGUCUGUUGUCAUUACUGCAACAGAGUCAGCGGACCUUGAAGCCUGCUGCACCAAAGCUCGCCAGGCCAGGAAAGCCAGCACAGCAGCCCCAACCGAAGGGAUCUCCGUUGCUGGGGCUCGAGCGUGCGGCCUCUUACCCAAUUACUACUGAAGUCGAGGACAAUAUUAUAGGGCACACCACACUCGUGAGUACUACUCCAUCGCGGAGAAGGAUCGUAGAUGCGUUGAGCACCACACCCCGCGGUAGAUCUGAGUCUCCAAUCGGACCUAGUGAUGUUGGCUCCCGUGCUUCAUCUGAAGUAUCUACUGAAUCAUCAGAGAAUUCUACAUUGUCUAUGUCCCAACUUCCGACUGCGUCGCACGGAAUACAAAUUAGAGACCUACCCGAUUCUCCUGUUCCGCUACCGCAGUCCCAGGGAGCCGGCCCCAAAGCUACCUAUGCUCGACAGCGGUCAUUUCUUUCUGUCGAGCACGUAACUGCAGAUCUGAUUGCGGAAACCCCGAUCCAGGCUUCCUUUGCUCAGCGGUACGGAGGUGGGGCCAGUGCUGGACGCGGCGUAUCUAACUCCGUAUCUUCAAAAACUUCUCGUCCGCUUGCAACCCGAGGUACCGGCGACGACGAUGAUGAUAGCUCCAGCGGUGUAGUCCGAAAUAUUUAUGAACUGCGUCGUGCGGGCGAGAAUGCUAGGUUUGAAGGGAUCAUCGACGCAAUUUUUGAGGACAUCGAAGACUCUAAGUCUUCAGCUUCACGUCGAUACAGUGGCAUAAUCCAGCUCUGUACAAAGCUGAUGGAUCACCAAUUCACACGCCGAUUCCUGGCUCAUGGCUUGGAGAAACGGCUUGCAAAGCGGGCCGGGGACUUGAGCGACGCCAUCUACACAUACCUAAUUGUCUGCGCCUAUGGAAUAAUUUUGUCAGCUGGUCCAUUGUCGUCUGUUGUUUUGCACACUUGCUCUACUCAAGUGUUUAAAAUUAUCCCGAAGAUGGUAACAAACACAUCUGAUAUCGUUGGCAUCUCAAAAUUUGGGCCCACAAGAACGUCGAAAGCUGUCCAAGCAUCUCUUCGGGACUUUUGUGAUCAAUUAGCUCAGAGCAAAAUCUGGCCCGACGUCAAACCGAACAAACGGUCUCCUCAGAUCCUAGCAUUGCGAUGCAUUGAGAUGGCUGUGCGCCGGGCCCGCGAGAGUGGAGAUGCCAUGGAAUAUCUAUCUAACGAUGUUCUAUCUCUACUGGUUGACCUACUUCUGCAGCAUUCGGUGCUCCCAGAGCAAAUCCAAGAUGCAAAGACGGACGAUGUCUUAAUCCUCGAGUUGACAUUCUCCGUCUUAGAAUCGUACACAGUUGCCCUGAAUUUGCUCGAACCAAGCCAGGAGAAGAUAUUGAAGAGGCUUUCCCGACUUGGGCCGCUUCUGCUACAACUAUCUCGUUACUCGGAGCCGUGUUGCAGGCAGAUCCAGUUACUAGAAAUCCGACUGAUCUUGAAUCUUACGAAUAAUAACCCUUCACUCUGCGAAGAUUUUUCAACGCCAGAGCUGAUACGCGCGCUGAUGGUGAUCGUGUUGUCAAAUUUUGGGCUGGUGUCGGAGGAUUUUGGCAGCGAUAAACGAGACUCGUUGUUAGACGCAGUUAUUUUGGCGCUUGGAACGUUGAUCAAUUUGACGGAAUGGAAUGAGACUGCACGACAGCUUAUUUUGCAAACACGAAGCGGUACGACAGCGACGACGUUCCUUGACAGGCUGUUGCAGUUGUUUAAGGAUGGAUGGGAGAAAACUUCUGAGGCGGACUCCGUUGUCCAGACACACUCCAAUGUGGCGUUUGGUUAUUUAUCUGUUCUUCUGAGCACAGUAUGCCUCAAUGAGGAGGCGCGAUUACACGUCAGGAAUUCCCUCCAGGGGAGAAACAUUGACCGGGUGCUGGCUACUGUUGAAGAGUUUCUACACUACCACCGAAAAGUUGAGAAGGAGCUCCAGGCCGGGGGAGGAGAGCAUGAAUCUGUGUCCGGCUUCACGUGCAGACUGCAAAGCAUUGUAGACCGGAUCAAGCAAGCGGAAGGGAUUUGCUGA